GUCCUCGGCCGGUGAUGGAUAAUACCACGGAGAAGGCGUAGACAUUCGCAUUGAACCGUGCAACCCUCGAGAUGGCUUCAUCGGACAGCUGUUCAGAGUGAUCCUGAAGCGGCAGGGAUCGCCGGACAAAGGCUUGAUCUGUAAAAUUCCGCCACUUAGUGCCGCACGGAGGGAGCAGUUCGACGCUUCGCUCAUGUUCGAACGGGAACCGUGGUUCUACGAGAGGAUUCUGCCGGAGUUUGAAGCCUAUCAACGUGCGAAGGGAGUCGGCGAAAGGGACGGAUUCGUGGCGUAUGCGAAGUCGUACGUGGCGUACUACAAGUCUAUGGAUCAGGGCACGGUUCUGGUUAUGGAAGAUCUGGGACGCAGAGGCUUCCGGAUGUACAAUAAGCUGCUGCCGCUGGAUUAUAACCACGUGAAACUGGCUAUGGUGCAGCUGGGGAGAUUCCAUGCCGUGUCGUUUGCCAUGAAGCGCGAUCGGCAGAAGGUUUACGAGUCGUUGAAGGUUUCUAACCCGAUCGUUGAAAUGUUUAGGAAGAAUAGAUACUGUCGGUUUCUGGUAAGCGAAUCUCUGAAGCUGGCACUGGAGAUUCCGGGUUUGACGGAGAUGGAACGGACGGUAUUGAACCAGUUGAAGGAUAACGUAUUGGCGGAGUUUGAAGCAUGUCUAGAUAUUGGACAAGCGGAACCCUACACGGCGAUUGUUCACAACGAUUGUUGGAUCAAUAACUGUAUGUUCAGUUAUGAAGAGGACGGUCUUCAUCCAAAAGAAUUAAUCUUGAUAGACUGGCAGCUGGGGUGCUGCGCAGCACCUGCCGUGGAACUAAUUUACCUGUUCUACCUCUGCACGGACACUCAGUUCCGAGCCAAGCAUUUCGAAGAAAUGGUCCAACUCUACCAUCAAUCGUUUGGCAUUCUGCUACGAAAGCUAGGUGGAGAUUCAGAUGUGGACUACCCUUACGAAGUGCUGAAGAAGCAGCUGAGACGAUUAGGACGCUAUGGAGUAAUGAUGGGAUCGUUCUUGGUUCCGACGAUGUGCAUACCCAGCGAGGAUCUCCCAAAUCUGGACGAAUCGGCAGCUCGGCAGAAAAGUACCGAUCAGUACGAGUUACCCUACAAGCUGGAUGAGAAAUCGUUGCCUGUAUACCAGGAACGAAUGCUUGGAGUUAUCCGGGAUGCAAUCAAAUUCGGUUGUUUUGAUUUGUAAAGAAAUGUGUAUUUUACCUGUUCAACUCACAAAUAACCUAACCUGAAUACAUCUUUGAGGAAUCCGUU